AGCAGGGCAGCCAGAAAUCUCGAGUUUUCCCCUCUCACUGCCCCAGGCGGUUUUUUCACGGUAAAAAUAAAGAGAGAGAGAGAGAAGAACCAGAGAGGAUUGAGUGCCAAGCAGGUCCAGAGAGUGAAGGGAAGAGAAGUACCAGGAACAGAGGACUCACUGGCAUAUGCCUUGGAGAAUCUAAAACGCAAUAAUCAAGUGCCCCGAAGCGCAACACAACUCAGAGCUCCGGUUGUUAUCAGCCUGAAAACAAGGCAAAACAGGGCAAAAGAACAAUUCCUAUCCACUGGACGCUUACAGCCACACCGCAGCGCUACCGAUACGGGCAAUAUUGAAGGCUAAAGCAAAAAAAAAAAAAAAAAAAAGAGUAUUCAGGUGUGGUGUGGUGAGGGUGCGAACUAAAGAGCAGACCCCCAACUCCAAGUCAGCGGUACAGACAGGCAAGCUCGUCCGCGGCCCGAAAACCGCCACAGCCACCACCAGCUCCACAGAAACCCGUGGACCUUUACACUGCGCGAGGGGCGAGGGGCGACCCCGGAGGCGGGCCGGGCCAGAACCUCACCCUCCAUCGAGCCGGCUCAACUCCGGGUCAGCCCAGAGUCGCCCCGCCCAGGGUCCAGUGACUCCGGAGUCCCCAGAGAGACACUUCUCAAUUCAGAGGCAGCUUGCUGAUCUAGAGAAAUUAGCUUUUGUAACUGAAGGGGAUUUUGACUCUGCCAAUUCAUUGAACUCAGAUAAUCUUGAUGCAGGAAACAAGCAGGCUUGUCCUUUGUGCCCUAAGGAAAAAUUCAGAGCUUGUAAUAGCCAUAAGCUUCGUCGUCACCUUCAGAAUUUACACUGGAAAGUCUCAGUUGAAUUUGAAGGUUACAGGAUGUGCAUCUGUCACUUACCUUGUCGUCCAGUGAAACCAAAUAUUAUUGGAGAACAGAUAUCCAGUAAAAUGGGCGCCCAUUAUCAUUGUAUCAUUUGUUCAGCAACAAUCACCAGAAGGACUGAUAUGCUAGGACAUGUUAGGCGCCAUGUGAAUAAAGGAGAGACUGAAUCCAGGUAUACUGCUGCUUCUACUGCUAAACCAUCUAAUGAAAUUUUGAAGGAGUCAGACACGGAUGUACAAGUUUGUCCCAACUAUUCUAUACCUCAGAAAACAGAUUCGUAUUUUAAUCCCAAAAUGAAACUAAAUCGGCAGCUAAUAUUCUGUACAUUGGCUGCUUUGGCUGAGGAAAGAAAACCUUUGGAAUGUCUAGAUGCCUUUGGAGCCACUGGGAUAAUGGGAUUACAGUGGGCAAAACAUCUUGGAAAUGCAGUAAAAGUUACAAUCAAUGACUUGAAUGAAAACUCUGUGACAUUGAUUCAGGAAAACUGUCAUUUAAACAAAUUGAAAGUGGUGAUGGACAGUAAAGAAAAGGAAAAGAAUGAUGAUAUUCUUGAAGAAGGAGAAGAAAACCUUGGUAAUAUCAAGGUGACCAAAAUGGAUGCCAAUGUACUGAUGCAUUUGAGAUCUUUUGAUUUCAUACAUCUAGACCCCUUUGGAACAUCAGUGAACUAUCUAGAUUCUGCAUUCAGAAAUAUAAGAAACCUUGGCAUAGUGUCAGUGACGUCUACAGAUAUCAGUUCUUUAUAUGCCAAGGCACAACAUGUUGCCCGGCGUCACUACGGAUGUAACAUCGUCCGAACUGAAUAUUACAAGGAACUAGCAGCCCGAAUUGUUGUAGCCGCAGUGGCAAGAGCUGCAGCACGAUGCAACAAAGGCAUAGAAGUACUGUUUGCAGUGGCUCUGGAACAUUUUGUGUUGGUAGUUGUGAGAGUUUUAAGGGGACCUACUUCAGCAGAUGAAACAGCCAAGAAGAUUCAAUACCUGAUCCAUUGUCAGUGGUGUGAAGAGAGAAUUUUUCAGAAGGAUGGUAAUAUGGUAGAAGAAAACCCAUAUAGACAACUGCCCUGUAACUGUCACGGAAGUAUGCCUGGAAAGACAGCAAUAGAACUUGGACCUCUCUGGUCAAGUUCCCUUUUCAAUACUGGAUUCCUCAAAAGAAUGCUGUUUGAAUCUCUUCACCAUGGUUUAGAUGACAUUCAAACCCUAAUAAAGACAUUAAUCUUUGAAUCAGAGUGUACUCCUCAAAGUCAGUUUUCAAUUCAUGCACCUUCAAAUCUCAACAAGCAAGAAGAAAAUGGUGUAGUUAUUAAAACUACAGAUGAUACCACAACAGAUAAUUACAUUGCACAAGGAAAGAGAAAAAGUAAUGAAAUGAUUACAACUUUAGCCAAGAAGCAAAAGACUGAUGUCAGUACUGAACAUCCUCCCUUUUAUUAUAACAUCCACAGACACAGCAUUAAAGGAAUGAACAUGCCAAAGUUAAAAAAGUUUUUGUGCUAUCUGUCUCAAGCAGGCUUUCGAGUGAGCCGAACUCAUUUUGACCCAAUGGGUGUUCGUACAGAUGCACCUCUGAUGCAGUUUAAAUCUAUCCUUUUAAAGUACAGCACGCCCACCUACACUGGAGGACAGUCAGAGAGCCAUGGCCAGUCAGCUUCCGACGAUACAGUAACUGACCGGGUUGAAAUGUCAGUGAAUGACAAAGCAGAAGCAAGUGGCUGCAGAAGAUGGUAAACGUAGAAAAUUUCUUCUCAGGUGUCUGUAUAGAUGGCCUAAUCGUUCUCUAUACCAACGCUAGUUCUUUUUCUAUUCUUUCAAUUCAGUGGUGUAAAAAUAAAAAACAGUAUUGUUUUCAUUAAGAAAAUUAGUUUCUAACUUAGCUGGUUUGGGAGCUUUGCUUUUUCAAGUUUUUCUUAUUUUAAAGAAAACUUAAAAUUUUAAUGGAACCAUUUUAUAUGAAGCCAAGUUUCUGAGAUCACCCUACUGCUUAAUAAUUUGGAAAUUUUUCACAUGUGAAGUGUUUGGAAUUUUAUGUACAUUGUGGAAUCCAUCUUUUGCCAUUCUUAAUCACAUCUCUACUUAAACUGAUUCAUGAUGUUUCUUUUUCUGUUUACAGUGCACAAAAUGAAGGUAAAGCCUUUGACCUAUUAAAAUGACUCUGAAUAAAAUAGGAAGAACAGUGUUCUUCCAGGUCACUAAUGUAUUUCACGAUUAGAAAGCUAAAAUAUGUUCCCAUUUUAAGAAAUCAUACUUCUUCCCACAUUGAUCUUUUAUCUCUGGCUUUUGAAAAACUAAAUACUUGCCUGAGAUAGAAAUACAUUUUUUAAUAAGUUUAAGGUCUAGAUGACUAAACUUCAAGAUUUUGUCAAAAUAAAUUUAUACCAUUGUUCUAACAUAAUAGUUGUUCACAAGCACUGAAACCCUGAAAAGGAGAAAUUUUUGUUACAAAUUAAACAGGUUGGGUGAUCUCAGGUACCACCUUGGAUAAUGCACGUACAAUAUUCAUUUGCUUGGUUGUACUACCUCUCAGAAGUAAAAUUUGUCACCUUAUGAAGUGAGGGUUUUUUGAUUUGCAGGUUGGUUUUUUUGUUUCUUUGGUUUGGUUUUUUGGGUUUUGUGUGUGUGUUUGUAUAAAUUUUUUGUGUAAGUAGCCCAAGCUAACAUAACUAUAAAAAUUAGUUGCAAAAAAAAUCUUGUCUCCAUUAAUAAAUAUCAUUUUUGCUUCAUUUAAAUUUAAGAUUUUAGAUGAAAGGAUUUGGCAUAAAGUUUAUGGUUCUGUCUCAAAAAUUUAAUCCAUUUGCCCUAAAGUAUUUUUGAGGGGAAGUAACUUUUUAUAACCAUUAAGCUGGGGUGGGAGUGGGGGUACAAGUGAUAGAUUGAAUUACACUACAUAAGAAAAAAGCAUUUCCAUGACAUAUACAAAAAAAUCUAGGGGAUGGGGAUUAGAUGAACACAGAAUAUUAAUUAGCAGAAAUAAGGAAAAAUCUCUUUGUGUUAUUACAGGAUAUUCCCAAAAGGAUGUUUUUUCUUUCUCCAAUUAAUAUAAUCAUACAUUUUCAGUAAAAAAAAGGAAUAGAUAAUGCAAGUUAGUUUCUGUAAUGACCAUAAAAAAUUCUACUCAAUAAUUCUUGUUAAAAUUUUAACUUAUAAAUAAGCACAAAUAUAAAUAAAGUUAUUAGUUACUUCUUUUUUUUGUUUGUGUAAUUAAAAAAGAAAAAUCACUAUAAAUCCAUGAGGUAAACCAGAAUUCAGAUUAUCUAAUAUAUAUUAUUAAAUUAAAUAUCAGUCUCAAAUUUUGCUAAUGCUUAUCAGCAUGACAUAUAUUGAUCAAUGAUGAGUUGGAUUCAAUGCAAGAAGCCUAAUUUAAUAUAGAAACAUAAACUACUGUUAUCUAAAAUAUAUAUCAAUAUGUAUGUGUAUUAAUUUCACAUGUAAAGACAGAUUUUCAUAAGAAAAGUUUGAUAGGAAAUAGUUUGGAACUCUGUGAUAAGGUAGUGCUAAAAGUGAAAUGACUUUAAAAAUUCCAUUUAGUUCUACAUUAGCAACUUUGUUCCCCUGACAAUAGUAGUAAUUUGGUACACUGCAAAUGUUGACCACAUUGUAAAAUGACCUCAUUUGUAUCCCUCCAUUAAAAUUUGGUAAACAAAGAAACCAGAUCAGGAAA